CGGAUUCGACAUUUUGUAGGCGCUGUACGCAUGCGCAGUGCGGCCAGUCUGACCUUCAUUGGAAGUGAACAUGUUCUGCAGGGCCAGCGCGGUGGUGUUCCUCCCACAAUGUGGGCAGGUCAGGAACAUGGCUACCUUGAAGGACAUCACCAUUCGGUUGAAGUCCGUCAAGAACAUCCAGAAGAUCACCAAGUCCAUGAAGAUGGUGGCCGCCGCCAAGUAUGCUAGGGCUGAGAGGGCCUUGAAGCCAGCUCGUGUCUAUGGCACUGGUGCUCUCUCGCUGUAUGAGAAGGCUGACAUAAAGGCUACAGAUGAUAAGAACAAGCACUUGCUCAUUGGCGUGUCGUCUGAUCGUGGGCUGUGCGGUGCCAUCCACAGCAGCGUGGCUAAAGCCAUGAAGAAUGAAAUCGCCAAGCUCUCCGGUGCUGGCAAAGAGGUGAUGGUGGUGAAUGUGGGAGACAAGCUGAGGGGUCUGCUGUACAGGACCCAUGGCAAACACAUCCUCAUGAACUGUAAAGAGGUGGGCAGAAAACCCCCAACUUUCACUGAUGCUUCUGCCAUUGCCAUAGAGCUGCUGGACUCUGGCUAUGAGUUUGACCAGGGCUCCAUCAUCUACAACAGAUUCAGGUCUGUUAUUUCCUACAAGACAGAUGAGAAGCCCCUGUUUUCCGUGGACACAGUUGCAAACUCAGAGAACAUGGGCAUCUAUGAUGACAUCGAUGCUGAUGUUUUGAGGAACUAUCAGGAGUUUGCUCUGGUCAACAUUAUCUACUUUGGGCUGAAGGAGUCCACCACCAGCGAGCAGAGCGCUAGGAUGACCGCUAUGGACAGCGCCAGCAAGAACGCCUCUGAGAUGAUUGAUAAGCUGACCCUCACCUUCAACCGCACCCGCCAGGCCGUCAUCACCAAGGAGCUGAUUGAGAUCAUUUCUGGAGCUGCUGCUCUCGAAUGAGAUGGGACAGAUAAAGAGGACCCAUCCGGACCACCCCUCUGGUUCUGAGCGAAAGAAUGCGUUCCAGUUCAGUGAUCUGGCGUCAAGUUAAAUACUAUUUGUGCUUCUGUUUGUAAGAUAUGAGUAAAUAAACCUCUUACAUUGACCUCCA